CCUUCUUACACGUUGUUAAAAUGAGUGAAAUAGCAUUAGAAGCUCAGAGUCACUUAGCAACUGUGUACUCAUUUUCCUCUCUUCUUCUUAUUCUUCAAUGGACGAGACGAAAUCGAAGCAAGAAGAAAAACGCAGACGUCGAACUAAACCUACACCCAUUUGCCGCGAAACCGGGGAUCACGUCCACUACCCUCCCACGCGCCCAACAAAACCAACUCCCCCUCCUCACGCGCCACCCUCGAUCCUCGAAUCGAUCUCCCGCCUCUGUCCCAAUCCCAAGCCGCGCUACGGCGAAUGCAGGAAGAAUCAGGCAGCCAGCACCGGCACCACCGCCUACGACGGCUGCGGAGAGUUCGUCAGCGCCGAUCCCGGAGAAGAUUCCCCGGAUUGCGCCGCAUGCGGCUGCCACCGCAGCUUCCACCUCCGCGAGGAAUCUACGAUCCUCGAAGCGCUCAAGAUUUCGCCGUCGCGGUUUCGCCAGAUCUUCUGCUCUCCUUACGGAGAGGCGGCCGAAGAGAAGACGAAGAGGAUUGCGACGGAUCGAUCGUCGGAGGAGGAAGCGGGGAGAGGGAAGAGGGCGAAGACGAGAUUCACGGCGGAGCAGACGGAGGAGAUGAGGAGCUACGCGGAGAAGCUGGGGUGGAAGGUGAGCAACGAGAGUAGAGAGAGAGUGAAAGAGUUUUGCGAUGGGAUCGGAGUGACUCGGAGGAAGCUGAGAGUCUGGAUGAACAAUCACAGCGAAGCUAACGUCCGCCGUUUAGCGGGUGAGGAGGGAGUGAAGAGGUUCAAGACGAAGUUCACGGCGGAUCAGACGGAGAGAAUGAGGAGUUACGCUGAGAAGCUGACGUGGAAAGUGGGCCCUGAGGAUAGAGAGGAGACUGAAGGGUUUUGCAAUGAGAUUGGAGUUAAUCUGAAUAAUUUUAUGACCUGGAUGAACAAUCAAAAGGAAGAAAGAGACUUAUGAUGAUCACAACGAAGUUUAAGUGUAAUCUACGAAAAUAAUAACAGCUUUCAUAAUCCCUUCGAUCAUUUUCAUAUACCAGAUGAAAAUGUGACCAUGGUGGUUGCAUAUAGUAUAGCAUUGUUUUUUUUUUCUUUCCUGGUUUGGUAAAUAAAUAAGAAAACAAACUACCAAUCACAA